AGUAAGGUCACAUUCCUUCCUCAUACACGGAAACCUGUCGCAGGGUUUGUUUUACUUUAACUUUAAAUCGUUGAGGUUUUACCGGUUGGCGGUCACCCGAUAUCCAACCACUUCGACUUAAUCCACACUUCUUUUUUUUUACUUCCUCCUUGAACAUGUAUUUGUUUGCUUUUUAGCUGAUUUAUUUUAAUCGUGUCGAGAAAUGUCGGGUCGCUGACAGGUGAAAGCUACUGUCGGAUCAGCUGACGGAGCCUACAGAGCCGACAAGAGGAGCUGCCGGAAGGUUUAAAAUGUUGGUGUUUCUUUUUAAACAUGACCACUUCAUACAGAGAUGUGGACAGUGUUAAUUUUUCUCAACCUUGGGGCUCUGCACUGCGCAGUCUCCUCCGCUCCUCCCAGCCCCAUCAAUGUCAGCUUCUCCUCAGAGAAUCUCAGGAAUAUUCUGCAGUGGUUACCAGGAAAUGGCACACCGGAUGACACACUCUUUACAGUGCAGUAUGCCAUCUACGGGGACAGUGCUGAGGGCAGCAAAGGAAGACGGGUGCGCUGGAUGGCGGUGCGGCAGUGUACAAAAAUAAUGCGGAGCUGGUGCGAUCUGAGCAAUGAGACAAGGGAUCUGGAGCAGGGAUACUAUGCCAGGGUUCGUGCUGCGAGCAGGACAGCAUCCUCCACAUGGGCCUUGACAGGGAGAAGAUUCGAUCCAAUUUUGGACACUUCUUUUGGCCCUCCACUGGUGUCUGUGGAAAGAGAGGACAACACUGCCAUCAUCACUCUGAAGGGACCAAUGAGGUAUCAGCCUAACAACCACACCCCAGGGGUUCCCAUGGCAACACUCUACCCUCAGAUGACUUACAACCUCUCUAUCCACAAUACCCGUCGCGGCCAGACGAGCCAUUUCCCAGUGGGCUCCAGUCCGUACAUUUAUCGCCUGAUGGAGUACGAUACAGACUACUGCUUCUCUGCCAAGACAAGAUUCCUCUCCAUGCCUGUCCAAUGCCAGUCCUCAGGAUGGCACUGCAUAACCACUCCUCCAGACCCUGUGAUUGGCCAGCUGAAGACGGUGGUUGUGGGUAUUGUUGUUUCAUCUGUGUGCGUGUGUAUGCUGGUGGUGGUUGGCUACCUUCUCUAUCACUACCUGACGGGGAAAGGACAGAAGAGCCCAUAUAUACUGAACCCGCCUUCUUUUCAUCCGAACACUCUGAUCAUCCCCCCUGAGAAUGUCAGCAUCAUCCUCUUCACCGUCAUUAAGCCAUCUGACAUCGAAAGCAUCAUAUCAGACCCUACAUGCCCAAACCCGUGGCCACACAACGCAGAUCCCCCACCAAGCUAUGCCCCUCAGAGAUCUGAAACACCUGAGCCCGAGGAACCCUGGGAUGAUUUGUCCAUUGACUAUGGGUUUAUUGGCGUAGCUCCUAAAAUAGAUGUCAGAGGAGAAGAAGAAAAAAGAGAGAGGAGGCAUGACAGAGGAGAAGAUGGGAAUAAUCUGAAUCUUGAGGAUGGUCACUCUGCUGGAGUUUAUGCUCCUCAGGCAAAGUCAACCCACACAUGCUCACAAACACACAUGCUGAUACACACACAGACAGAGAUGAGCACACUUGUACAGGCGCACGCAUGUUCACAGGUAAAUUCAGUGACUCAAACUCAGGCACCAUCACUGUCUCUUCAGGGAACAACCAAAGGAGAGGUGGACAGAAAGAAGGAGGAUAAAGAGUUUCCAGGUUUAUUUAUAAAUAAAACCCCACAAACUGGCCUCUUCCAUAUUUCUUUAAAUCUACAAACAAAGAAGGAGGGAGGAAUGGGGGAAGAGAUGGAUGGAAAGGUGGGAGUAAGAACAGAUGGAAAGAUAGAUGGAGGUGUGGAGGAAGGAAGCGAGAAUGAGGAAGUACCCCUUCUUUCUGCUUAUGCCACUCAGAACAUCAAAGACAUGUUUACCUCCCACGCUGACCAAUCAGAUUUCUUACCAGAUGACUAUGGUGUCCUGAGACUGGCUAUAGCACAUAAAAUAGAGGAAGAUAAGGAUGAUGAGGAGGAAGAGGAGGAAACUAUUUGUAUUAAUUGGGAUCCCAAGACCAGGAAACUAGUGUUGCCAGAGAUGGCGAUGGAGUUCAACAAGGAGGGAGGGUUGGAUGGGUGGAUGCAGGGAAAGAAAGGGAGGGAGAACAGGGUGGGAGGAGAGGAGGAGUAUGUGAUGAAGGGUGAGUUGAGGUUGGAAAAUGUGAUUGUCAGACAAACGUCCGAGGAAGAGGAAGAGGCAGAGGCGCAGAGGGAGAUGGAGAGAGGUGGGGAAACAAUGUGGGAGGCGGAUGAUAUUUUGACCAAAUGGAACUUGGUAAUCUCGAUGGAUCAGUAGAUGAUAUUCAUCAAUAUAUUUACCCCAUUAUUACAAAAAAUGCUCUUUGUCUGCACUUAUACUGUACACUUUACAUAUUUAACACCAUGAUAGAAAUAAAAAUCAUGAAAAUGUCAUUGUACAAAAUCAGUUUUAUUUAAAAUACACGUCAAAAUAUGAAAUUCUUAGGAGCACUUAGUACUGUAGUAGGGUUACUUUUACAUCUGUGAAUGUUGCUGCUUUAUUUUUAUUAUCAUGACUUAUGGUUUAUUUGAUUAACAAAUCAUGCUAAUCAGCAUGAACACUUACAAAAUAAUCAAACUGUGAUCAACAAGGAAAUGAUCUUGCCAAUCUUGCCACCUUAAUUUUGAGCAAAAUGUCCUUUGGAAUGCAAUUCCUUAAUUGAUGUAUUGUAUAUUUAUUUGUGCUUCAUAUGAAGUCAAAGUUCUUCUUAGAGAUAACCUGCAGCAAAGUAUUUCUUCCUGAUUAAACGUUGUGUGAUGUAAGUGUAAACCAUGCACGCCAUGGUCACCACCGCAUCAGAUCUCAACCCAACAAGGCACUAAUGGACUGUUUUGGACUGGUGUCUGACACAUGGUUUUCCAAAACCAUCAUCAAAAUACCAAAUUAUAGAUUUUUUUGUGGACAGAUUGCCAAAUCUUUGUGAUUGUGAUCUUUGUGAGUCUCGCGAUUUAGUGGUAGUACAAAAAGCUUUUUCUUUUACUUUUGCAGUUUGUUUUGAUAUUCUAUGUGACCACUGUUUACUGUAGAUAUUCUGUGACUGUACAUAUCCGUGUUUAUUUGAUAAUGUUGUCAAACAGUAGUAGUUGUAAGUACUUUUGGUUUUGGUUUAGCAUCAGUCUGUUCCUGUUUUAGUUCCUGGUGAAGCACUUAAACUGUUCUUGUUGAGAGACUGUGGGACAUUAUUUGUUUAUAUUUUGGUAAAUUGGGCUGAAUCAUAAUGUAAUUAAUUCCUCAUUCUGUUCAGUCCGUAAUUGCAGCAUGCUUUUUAAUAAUACUAAUUAGAAAUUUAAUUUCAUUAACUUAGAAAUGCUAAUGUUCAGAGGAAAAGGACAUGUAUGUUUGUUCAAAUAUGAUGAAGUCAAAGCUAUAGCACUUUACUCUUGACCUACAGUAUGUGUCAAUAUUAUCUGUGCCAUUGUACUAAAAAAAGUCAUCAUUUUGCAAUCAUCAUUUCCUUUCUUUUCUGUUAUAAUUACUGUCAGCAGUAUCACUUUGUCUUGUUUUUUUUUAAGUGAGAUGUUCAGAAGCUUGUCAGGAUACUUUAUGCUGUCUCAUCUACAAAUGAUUAGACUUCAUUAUUUGCUACUGUCGUAAUUAUGUAAUGAUUAAAGCACCUUGAGUAAAUAUCUUCACUUGCACUUUUGUACCUUUGUUUGUUAUUCAGAAGAAUGCUACAUACAUUAUUUUCAUUAGUUUCAUUAUGUAAUAAUCAUUACGCUCUUUUGUUAAUGUUGUUUCUCUUGCUCUUUGUUUGUUUUCCUGCCAGCAUGAAGUCAUAACUACUCAAAAUGUUAUAUGAAGGAAAUUUUAAUGAUACAUUUUGUACGCUAACCUUCUCCACACAACAGCUACCGGCAUUGUGCUAUCUCAUGGUCUCAUUUUGGAAAUUUCUGGCAGUGAAUUACUGUGACCUGCAUGUCUCCCAAGCCACAGUAAGGGGGAAUUAUGAAACUCCACAGUUACAUUUAAUUACCGAUUCAUGUAUUUACAAAAUAUAUUAUUUAAAUAUAAUAUAUAUAUAUAUUUUGUUGCUGUGCAUGAAGUUGUAUCCAUUUUGUUACAAUGGUUUUACUCUGGGAAAGAAGUCAGUGAUAUUUUUGUCAUAGUUUUGUAAGUUGCAAGACAUAAUUAUUGUAUAUUCAAAAUAAAUAAUAAAGUGAACUUGUUAACUA